AUGGAGUCCCUAAAAGACAUCCUCCUCAGCCAGCUCAAGAGGCUUCGCCCGUCCUUCUUUCACAAGAAACCGCACUUCAACUUCAUAUCGGCCCAUUAUCUCUGGAUUAUUGGACUCAGUCUUUUGGGCUCGAUCAUCAUGUACUUCUCGGGUCGGGGUAACAUCGACUAUAUCGAUGCAUUGUGCAUGUCCACGUGCGCCAACUCUCAGGCGGGACUCAACACUGUUGACGCCAACCUUCUCAACACCUUCCAGCAGGCUCUGAUCUACUUCCUCACUUGGCUUACCAACCCUAUCAGCAUCAACUCCUUUGUUGUCUUCCUUCGCCUUUACUGGUUCGAGAAGCGUUUCCAGAGCGUUGUUCGCGACGCCCGGAGUAGACGUGGCACGAUUUCAAAAUCAAAGUCUAAAGCGAAGCCCGACUCCGACCGCCUCGAGAAGGGCGUCAAUGCAAGAGACAUCACUGUCAUGCACAACGGAAACACUGCUCGGAUCACCAAUGAUGGCAUUCUACUCGAUCCUUUCACGGAGAAGAAGGACGCGGAGCAGAGCAAUGGCCACGCCAAUGGCCGAGCUCCCGAGGAGGAAGACGUCGACCCCAAAGGUGCCCCGCUCCAACCUGUCGAGAGCCGCCGUCCAGAGAUCAAGUUUGCGCAGACGGUCAAGCGGAGCGACGGAAUCGAUGACACAGCGAAGCUUCCAGCCAUACGACUCACGGAUGAAGACCACAUCGCCAUCCUCCAACGACAGCGCAACCAAGACAACGAGGAAGUGCUACGGAUUCCCGGUCCUCGAGAUGCGGAACGAGGGAUGCUGCCUAAGCGUGUGACCGAGAGAGGCAGUCGUCGCCAGCAGGGCGAUGAUGACGAUGACGACAACGAUGGUGAUGACGAUGAAUAUGACGAGGAUGACGAGGGCGAUGGCCGUGGCAGUGGCGACAACGACGAUAAUGAGGCUGCAGAAGGGUCGGGCAGAGGUCGCCAGGAUCUUGGCCACCACGCCCCUGCAGCCAUGACCACCCGGCAGCAGGCAAUCACGAUCGAGGAGCCCGAGAAACCAAGACGAGACGAAGUUAUCGACGAUACCCAUGCUGCUGCCAAAGCUCUGUCGCCGCUUAAGCCGCGGAUUCCGAGAAUCUUCAAUAGCAGGGACAAGAGAUAUCACCACGAGGAGCAGGCAGCCCAUGCCCCAACCCCGCAGAUAAAACGGCGACCUACCCUGGACACGAUUAGGACAGCCCUGACGCGCGACAAGAAUGAAAACGAGCUGACACCGUAUCUCAGUUGGGAGCCAACCUUGGGUCGAAACUCUGCCUUUCCGGACCUGACUGCGGAGCAAAGGGAAGAGCUUGGUGGUAUCGAGUAUCGGUCCCUCAAGACCCUUGCCCUGAUCCUGGUCUGCUACCUUGCUGGGUUCACGCUAUUUGGUAUCGUAGGUCUUGUUCCCUGGAUCGUCCACAACAGCCGCUGGGGGCCUAUCGUCGAUGCUGCAGCCCAGGGAAGAGCGUGGUGGGGUGUCUGGACGGCCCAGUCGGCCUUCUUCGACCUGGGCCUUACUCUGACCCCCGACAGCAUGAAUUCCUUCAAUACUGCCAUCUGGCCUCUGCUUCUGAUGAGCUUUUUGAUCGUCAUCGGCAACACUGGUUUCCCUGUCAUGCUUCGGUUCAUCAUCUGGAUUCUCUCGCACAUAAUCCCCAAAGGCACUGGCCUCUGGGAGGAACUGAGGUUCUUGCUCGACCAUCCUAGACGAUGCUUCACGUUGCUGUUCCCAUCGGGUGCGACCUGGUGGUUGUUUUGGCUGCUCGUCAUUCUGAAUGGAUUGGACCUGAUCUUCUUCAUCGUUCUUGAUCUCGGCAGUGGGCCGGUUUCGGAUCUGCCGCCCGGUAUUCGGGUUCUUGAUGGCCUGUUUCAGGCCUUCGCUACCCGCACGGCCGGCUUCUCCGUCGUGAACAUUGGAGACUUGCAUCCUGGUGUGCAGACAUCAUACCUCAUCAUGAUGUACAUCUCAGUCUUCCCCAUCGCUAUCUCAGUUCGCCGUACCAACGUCUAUGAAGAGAAGUCUCUCGGCAUCUACAGCCACAACGAACUCGAGGAACAUGCUAAUAUCACCGACCUCGAGUACGUCGGAGCUCAUUUGCGCCGUCAGCUUUCUUUCGAUCUUUGGUACAUAUUCGUGGGUUUCUUCAUCCUUUCUAUUUCCGAAGGCCCGAAGCUGCAGAGAGGCGACUUCUCCAUGUUCGCCGUCCUGUUUGAGGUUGUGAGCGCCUAUGGCACCGUCGGCUUGAGUCUUGGGUAUCCUGGGACCAAUGCCUCUCUGUGCGCUCAGUUCAGCGUCGUCGGCAAGCUCGUUAUCAUCGGUAUGCAGAUCCGUGGUCGGCAUCGUGGCCUGCCGUAUGGUCUUGACCGAGCCAUCUUGCUACCGAGCGAGUCGCUGAACGACAAAGAGACGGAGGACGCCAACGCAAGGAUGACGAGACGGCCCUCCAACGUCUCGUUGGCGACCGAGGGCCCCGGUUCGAGCGCUCGUCGCGGGCGCAGCAGGAGCAUCGACCGUGUCAACAGCAACCUCAUCACCCGUGUGCUGCACCCUGGGCCCCCAAUUCCGCGGGACCACAAGCCUCCUGCGGGUGUUUGGAAACGAUCCAGCACUCAACCGCGCACGAGCGAGGACUUGGGUGAUGACGAGAGGCUCCGCCCUGUCAGAUCCGGGACUGCACCUUCUUUUCGGACGGUGGCCACCCACGAGAGGACAUGA